AUUUACUUAAUUCUAAGGAGUGCUCUGUUCAACAACAAAACAAAGAUUCCAGUUCAGUCAUCUGUUGAUCCUUAUGUCGUCAUAUCUAGCACUUCCUACCUGCCACAUUACCAUGUGCAAACAGUGGGGAAACUAAAGCUCCACACCUGAGCAGAGGAAAAGCCUUUCAUAUUCUGUACACUUUCUUGGUUUUCAGUCACUACACAGAGCAGCUUGGGUUUUUACCGCCUCAGGACAACCAAAACUCCAAUCAAUAAUAAAGUUUAUUUUGAGCAUUCUCAAAUGAACAGAUUAGAUUCAUGGAAGCAAAAUGUUAACUUAGGACAGGAAGAGCAAGGAAAUUUACAGGACUGAAAUCAAAGAAACGCGAUCGACAACAUUGAAACAUGUCUAUUGCUAUCGUGCUAAAGAAGAUUUCAAACUUACCUGGGAAAUAUGAUCGAAAAGUAGAGUUGUCUUUUAGAGAUUUUACUCACAAAACCAAGAUUCUCCAAUGUGAAAACAUAGCGAUUUUUAAUGAGCACUUCAGAUGGCCACACUAUGGGAAAAUCUUGAAGGAUGAAGUGCUCUCCAUUAGUGUGUACAACUGCAGCAAGAUGUUCAGUAACAGACUGCUGGGGAAGCUGGUGAUUAGUCUGCAGCAUGUGGUGACAGCAGGAAGACUGGUCCUGAGGGAACCUCUUACAGACAGCAACCACAGUCUGACUGAUAUAUAUGUUGAGUUGGAUGUGAGGUUCCACCCUUUACAAGGUGCAGCUGGUGACUGGACUAGUGAAGACUUCCUUAGGGUAGAGGAUACCGAUGAAACUGGCCUUGUGAUUCGAAACACUGGCUUUCUUGAACCUGGAAACUUGCGGCCACAGCAGCAAGAUCGAGAAGCCAGGGCACUUGGCCGUAGUUUGGUAAAGACCGACAAUGAAGAUGGAGAUGAUUAUGAUGAUUAUGAUGACGAUGAUGAUGAUUAUGAUUUUUCAGACAUGGAUUGUACCAAUAUUACAUUUACCCCCAUCUUCAGCCGAUGUGCACCUUUAUCGAAGCAUGAACUUGCUGUUGCCCCAAAGGUCAAGUCCUUCCAGGUGAAUGUCAAUAUAAUAGAGGCUCAGAAGUUGGUGGGUGUAAACAUCAACCCCGCUGUGUACAUCACAAUAGGAGAUGAGAAGAAACAUACACUCACCCAGAAAUCCACCAAUUGUCCAUUCUUUAAUGAGAACUUUCUGUUUGAGUUUCAGGAGUUCCAAGAUGUGCUUUUCGAUAAAGUUAUUCAAAUUUCUGUUGUUCACAAAAAGAUGCUUGCAUUUCUGAUGACCCACAUUGGCUCCUUCAAAAUAGACAUCAGUACAGUCUACCACCAGCCAGACCACCGUUUCUACCAGAAAUGGGCUCCACUUACAGACCCUAAGGACACCCGCUCAGGGAUUAAGGGCUAUGUAAAGUGCACGCUGAGCGUUAUGAUGAAGGGGGACCCUAUGGGAAUUGCCAGUUUGCCCUCUGUCACCAGUCAGAAUGAUGACAUUGAGAAGAACUUACUCCUUCCUAAGAGGAUGCCAGCAGAACGACCAUGGGCCAAGUUCCUGCUGAGAAUCUAUAGAGCGGAGGACCUUCCCAGCAUGAAUGAUGGUUUUAUGGGCAGCUUCUCCAAAAUGAUUGGCGAUAAAAAAGUUUUCAUUGACCCAUAUGUGCAGGUCACGUUUGCUGGCCAGCAGGGAGAGACGUCAGUCGACACAGGCACCAAUUCACCAGUGUGGAACGAGCAGAUCUCUUUCAUCGAGCAGUUUCCUCCCCUUUCUCGACGAAUCAAAAUUCAGAUCCUUGAUGAUGCCAACAUUGGUGAUGUAGCUGUGGCCACACACUUCCUUGACCUCCAGCAAAUCUCAAACCCCAACAGAAAUGGGUUUAAUCCAACUUUUGGGCCAUCGUGGGUCAACUUAUAUGGGUCACCUCAAAACUCCUCACUGCGUGACAUCCACCGUGACCUAAACGAGGGCCUGAGUGAGGGCAUCUUCUACCGGGGCAGAGUGCUGCUGUCUCUGACAGUGGAGGUUUACUCAUCCCCUGCAGUUGCUGUAGUGGAGAGUAAAGCCAUUGCCAGUGUCAAGAACACGAUGAGCAAACUUACAUUUAAGCGGAAAAGCAAGAAGUCCAAAGAAAAGAUGACAAAAGAAAAUGAUGGUGUGCAGGCUCGCAGUGGUCCUUCUGAAGAGUCAGAGGAGGCCACAUCUGAGGUUCCAGCAGCAGUCACUGUUGAAGUGGAGGAGAUUCAUCCUCUUCCUGAGAACUUCACAGGUGCAAAAGAGGAAUUCUUGCUGUUUGCAUCAUUCUUUGAGGUGACCAUGAUGGAUCCAUCCAUUGGCUCCAGAUAUGUUACCUUUGAGCUAUCUAUAGGAAACUAUGGCAAAACAUCAGAUGUGAUAGUAAAGAGUGAGAAGAGCAGUGGUCAUGAUGAUGUGGCAGAAGACCAACAGCCUCUAUUAGCCACAGAGGAUGAGCUGGAGAGACAAGAACCGCCUGGAAUGGGCUCUAGGGACAAGUCUGUAACAACACCCAGAAGGGCACAGCCCACUGAAUAUGAUGGGUCUUUCCGCUGUAUUCCCCUGCUACGUGAAAAACCCUGUCUUUAUGUAUGGAACUAUUUUGAGGACCACACAUUUCGUUACUACAACUGCAACUGGCUGUACAAGAUGGCUGACAGGCUGGAAUUUGGCAUUGAUGAGGUUGAGAUGCUUUUAAAAAGACCAAGAAGUAAUGCCAAGGAGCGCUUAAUGGAACUCAUGAUGGAGUUUGUUUCCACCUGCAAACAGUAUAGUGCAAGCUUGGAAAGGAAAAGGCAGUCACGGCCAAACAACCUUGACAAGUGCCGCACAGCCUUCAUUAAGAGAAACAUAAUCAUUCUGGUCAAGCAGGCUCUAAGAGUGCAGAGGAGGGUAACAAGACGGACAGUUCGAGAGAAGCUGGCUGAUGUCAGACGCAUCCUAAAGAGAUUAUACUUCCUGGCUAAAGAGCCUCAGAGCACUCUGCCUGAUGUGUUUCUCUGGAUGAUAAGUGGAGGGAAGAGGAUAGCAUAUGCCCGGAUCCCAGCGCCCUCCAUCCUUUUCUCUCUAGUAGAGGAAGAGAAAGGCAAAAACUGUGGCAAAAUCACAUCCAUUUACAUGAAGACAUCUGGAGGACCACUGGGUGAGAUCUUUGCAAAACUGGAAAUCUAUAUGUGGCUUGGUGUCACAAAGUAUUCGAAAAACUGUGUCACAAGCCUGCCUUCUGAAUUCAGGCCCAUAUAUGAGGAAGCAACUUUUGGGAUGCCAAUACCCCCAAACAUGCCACCCACUAAAUUAGCUGUGGAUGACAGUCGUUAUUUCCAGCUCCGUGCACACAUUUACCAAGCACGUGGCAUCAUUGCUGCAGAUGAUGAUGGCCUCUCAGACCCUUUCAUUAAGGUUGUGUUCUCCAAUCAAUGCCAAGUCACACAGAUAUUGGAGGAUACUCUGUCCCCAACAUGGUGUGAGUUGCUGCUGUAUGAUCAGAUCCUCAUGGAAGGCAGCAAAGAUGACUUCAGGAAUGACCCCCCUGUGGUUAUCAUCAAUAUCUACGACUAUAACAAACUAGGCAGUCCACAGUCACUAGGUCGAGCAUUUGCUGAACCAGAGCUGAAAUUUGUGGAGGAGCCAUAUAAGAAACCCCUGCUAAAGUUCUUUGACAUCUCUAAAGGGAAAAGCAAUGCUGGAGAGCUACUGGCUGCAUUUGAGCUGAUUGAGCUAGAUUACUCUGGCUUCGGAGAGCCUGUACUACCACUGGAUGUGGAGCCCAGAGAGCCGGAGUACUUGGAGUCAGAGAGACAUUACAUUAUCCCAGAAGGAGUGCGGCCCGUUCUUAGGAAAUUCAGGAUAGAGGUCCUGUACUGGGGUCUGCGGGACCUGAAACGUGUGAACCUAUUUGAAGUGGAAAAGCCUCAGGUGCGAAUGGAGUGUGCAGGACAGAUGAUUGAGUCAGAAGAGAUUGAAAAUUACAAGCAGAACCCCAACUUCAUUGAGGUUGUUAGAUAUUUUGAUGUGGAGCUUCCAGAGCUAGUGUACCUGCAUCCUCCCCUCACCAUCUUUGUGAUGGAGCAACGGGCAUUUGGACGGUGGGUGUUGGUGGGGACUCAUGUUGUGCAGAGUCUCAUGCACUUUGCACCUAAAGACCUUGAUGACUGGAAGGAGGAUGACGAGGAGGAGCCUCAUGAAGAGAAAGAAACUCCAAAACAGAACACUGCUCUGCAGACAGUAAUGAGUAUGGACCUGAGAGGACUUCCCCUAAAAGACACAAAAAUUCCCAUUAACCCUUUCAAUCUAGUCACUGCUCCACUGAAAGCAGUUACAAAGAAGGAGGAAGAACUUGAAGAGGAGGAGCCAGAAAAGGAAGAACUUGACUGGUGGUCUAAAUAUUAUGCAUCACUGGAGGAACUUGAAAAUCAGUUGGAAAAGGAUGAUGAUAUGGAUGAUCCACAAGAUGGAGAGGGAGGGAACUUUAACAUAUCUUCUAUAGAGGUAGAGGAGGAUAAUGCAGUGAUUGUUGAAAUUGAGCCACCCAAGCCAAAGAGAAAGAAAAUUGCUACAUUGAAGCUGUACAAGUUUGAGCUAGAAAAUGAAUUCAGUCAGUUCAUGGACUGGCUACACACCUUUCCCCUCUACAAAGGCAAGUCUAAUUGCGAUGAUGAGGAGGAGGAUGGAAGUGACAGAAUAAUGGGCAAAUACAAGGGUUCGUUUCUGAUCUACCCUAUUGCCCUUGAAGAUGAAGAUGAAGACAUUGACUUUCAGAUCACUAAAGGAAUUCCCAAAAAUUCCCCAAUCAAAAUCCUUGUUCGUGUAUAUGUGGUAAAGGCCACAAACUUGGCCCCAACAGAUCCAAAUGGGAAAGCGGACCCAUAUGUAGUCGUGAGAAUUGGACAGCAGCAGCAAGACUCCAAGGAGCGCUACAUUCCCAAACAACUGCACCCUGUGUUCGGAGAAGUGUUUGAGCUAACGGUGUCCUUCCCUCUGGAGACGGAGCUUACGCUGACAGUAUUUGACCAUGACUUGGUGGGAUCUGAUGAUGUGAUUGGAGAAACACGCAUUGACCUGGAGAACCGUUUCUACAGCCGCCACCGAGCUACAUGUGGUCUCUCAAAGCGCUAUGACAAGGAUGCCUAUAAUAUGUGGCGAGAUGCCAAGAAACCAUAUACCCUUUUGGCUGACCUCUGCCGAAAAAAUGGGUUCCCACCCCCUGAGUACAGGGAGUCAGAAGUCAAAGUUCUCAACAAAUUAUUCAAAAUUCCCGACGAGGAUUUUCCGGAAGAGCUGCUGAAGAAGAAUAAAAAGACAGAGGAGGACUAUGAGGAGAUGGACCAGCACAAGGCUUUAAGUGUGCUUCACCGCUGGGAAGAGAUGAGAGAGUUUUCUGUGGGAGCUUGUCCUCUGGUGCCUGAGCAUGUGGAGGUCCGAUCACUGCUCAACCCAGAUAAACCAGGCCUGCCCCAGGGCUAUGUUCACAUGUGGAUUGACAUGUUUCCUGUAGAUGUACCCGCGCCUCCUCCCGUCAACAUCAAACCCAGACUCCCCAUUAGCUAUGAGCUUCGGGUUAUUAUUUGGAAUACCGAUGAUGUUGUUUUGGAUGAUGUUAACCCAUUUACAGGAGAGCCAUCAAGUGACAUUUAUGUUAAAGGUUGGAUUAAGGGACUGGAUGAUGAUAAGCAAGAGACAGAUGUGCAUUUUAAUUCGCUGACAGGAGAAGGCAAUUUCAACUGGCGCUUCAUCUUCCGCUUUGAUUACUUGCCCACAGAGAAGGAAAUCAUAUACAAAAAAAAAGAGUCCAUAUUUUCACUAGAAGCGUCAGAGUUUCGGCAGCCAGCUGUGCUGGUGCUACAGGUUUGGGACUAUGACCGUAUUGGUUCCAAUGACUUUUUGGGAUCAAUUGAGCUGCGACUGAGUGAUAUGGUUCGUGCAGCUAAAGCCUCUGAAGUAUGUAGUGUGAAGAUGGCCAAGGACAAGGCCAGCCCGCGCUUUUCCAUCUUCCGCAGCAAGAGAAUGAAAGGCUGGUGGCCCCUCAUCAAACUAAAGAGUCAAGAGGACAUUGAGAGGGAGGAGAGAGAUGCGGAACUAGAGAAGAAUAAGAAGAAAAAGAAAAAGAAGCAGAGCAAACGCAGCAAGAUGAAGCCAGAAGACAUACAGUUUGUAGACUGCAGUGGAAACACUUUCCUCUUAACGGGCAAAGUUGAGGCUGAAUUUAACUUGUUGACUGCUGAAGAAGCUGAGAAGAACCCUGUGGGCAAAGCACGCAAGGAACCAGAACCACUAGACAAACCAAAUCGUCCCAAGACAUCUUUUAACUGGUUUGUGAACCCAAUGAAGACCUUUGUGUUCUUCAUCUGGAAGAAGUACAAGAAAUACAUCAUUGCUUUGAUUAUUCUAGCAAUUCUUACACUGUUCCUUUUCCUCAUCUUGUAUACCCUGCCCACACACAUCAGUCAGCUUAUUGUAAAUGGCUGACAAGUGUGAGAGGAAACAUUUAUUGUGACUGAUUCUUUUUAUAGAAAUGGCAAUAAUAAGAACCUAUCUGCCAAUGUUAGGCUGCUCACUCUCAUGAUCACAAAUAUUCCUUAUAGACUGAAUUAAUGUAUAUAUUCUCUAAUUUACUUCAUUGGAUUAUUGAUUGUUGCUUUUAUAUGUAUAAAUGUAAACCUAUAAUAAUGUUGAAUGUAUUUUUUUUGUCUGUUCUGAAAUAUUUUGGUAUUUAAUUUAACUGUAACUGGUUAACUGUAAACAGCUUGAACAGUGUGAAAUAUGAGACUGUUCAGUGUGGACAAAGACAAAUGCAACAUUCACAAUAACAGAUUUGUCUACAUUAAAUUGACAACAGUCUGUAACUACAGCCUACAAAUUCAUAUUUAUAUGGUCCUUUAAAGCAUUUUUGUUAAAA